CAUAAGUUUGUCGAAGACCAUAUAGUCAUUCGCAGACUUCGGUUAAAUUGUUGGAUUGCAUAGCGACUCUCCUUCGCCCGAAGUUUUAGUUUUUGAACCCGAGAGCCACCAUGCCCCUUUCCACUGAGCGUAAAGCUGAAUACUUUGAGCGCUUGAAGUCGAUGCUUACACAGUACUCCAAAGCUUUUAUCGUUGAAGUCGAUAAUGUCGGUUCCAAGCAGCUCCAGAUGACUCGUCGCGGCCUCCGCGGAAAGGCAGAAGUCCUCAUGGGAAAGAACACCAUGAUGCGCAAGUGCAUGAAAGAGUUCGUUGCCGAAAACCCGGGAACUCCUGUGGAAAAAUUGAUUGAGACGUGCCGCGGUAAUGUCGGCUUUGUUUUCACCAACGGAGAUUUGGGUGAAAUUCGCGAAGUUUUGGAGUCCAACACUCGCCCCGCCCCGGCUCGUGUCGGUUCCGUCGCCCCGAUCAAUGUCGUCGUGCCUAAAGGUCCCACUGGAUGUGACCCUGGCCAGACUGCCUUCUUCCAGACGCUUCAAAUUGCAACCAAAAUUACCCGCGGUCAGAUUGAGAUGGUCAAUGACACUGCCCUCAUUCAGGCUGGAGAUCGUGUCACUGCUUCGCAGGCUGCUCUUCUUUUGAAGCUCGAUAUUGAACCAUUUACCUAUGGUUUGGUCCUCAAGAAGGUCUACGAUAAUGGAUCGCUUUUUGAUGCCAAAAUUCUCGAGAUCACGGAUGAUGUGUUGGCGAGCAAGUUCGUGGGUGCCCUUAACAUGAUUGCCUCGCUCUCUUUGGCCAUGGGAUUCCCUACCCAGGCAAGUGUUCCGCACAGUAUCGCUAACGCCUACAAAGCAAUUUUGGCUGUCACUAUCCAGCUUGAAAAUUACAGCUUCGACAAAGCUGACCAAGUCAAGGAAUACCUAGCAUCCGAGUAAAUUUUCGGAGCUGCCAAGGUGGAAGAGAAGCAAAAUGAGCUGAAACUAAUGGAGGGGCUCGAUUUAUUAGAUGCAGAAAACGGCAUUGGUGGCAACAUCUAUGUUUCCUAACUGAUAAGUACAAACCCUACUUCCAUGUGG